AAAAUAUGCAACGAUGUAUCCGCUGAUAUACCGCUUUACGGUCCUCACAGUUUUCCCUCGUUGUCGUCACCAUAACACCAAGUCUCUAUUAUCUAUUUUCCCAUCAAGUCUGAACAAAAACACAGUGCCUUUCUGAGUUCUCAAAUGGGAGAUCAAUGAUUGCUUCGACUCUGCUUGGUGCACUUUGUUGUCAUUGUAGAUGGCUGGUAUUUAACACGUCGAAUACUCAUUGGACGAACUGUCACAUACUCAUCGAUUCACCUUUUCUCUCCAAGCCCAAACACUGUCACCUAGCUAAUCCUAUGACCCCAGUGACCUACGAAAAUGUUAUUUGGAUGCUCGACAACUACAAACACGAUCCUGAUAUGAGGGGUUACGGAAGACGAACUACUGACUCGCUAGAUGGACAGAAGCCCAAGGAAUCAAGCACAAAAGAAAAAACCAAGAAAUCAAGCUCAAGCUCAGGACAAAAGCCUGAGAAAUCGGAUCCAGAACGACAUUCUCAUGACCAGACUCAGGACAGCUUGAAGAGCCUGGUGAAUCCACGUCAGAACCGUCACCAACGUGUGUAGAAAUUCCACCCUCGCCGUGCUUUGCUGAUGCAUUUCAUAUCCGUAGCACCGAGUCCAAUGACUCAGAUCCGACACACUCUCUCUAUGCAAAGCGCUAGAAGCACUCAGGAUACCUUCCCCAAGUUGGCCCUCCCAUCACCUACGCGCUUCCCUAAAUAAAACCCAUUCCUUAGCUCCGGACAGUUCAGAGCAGACGACUAGUAGACGCGACACCGCGUGAGCAUUCUCUUUAUAUGGGGU